AUGGCCCGAGUCCUCAUCCUUGGUGGAGCUGGCUACAUCGGCUUGGCCGUCGCUCAGGCUCUCAUUCGUUCUGGAAACUACACUGUCUUUGCUACUUCUCGAAGCGACACGAAGACCAAACUUCUUGCAUCAAACGAAGUCAAACCUCUUAUCGGAGAGUUGUCUGACAUCACCUUCGUCAAGGCUAUUAUCGCGGAAAACCGCAUCGACGUGGUUAUUGAUCUUUCCCAAGCCUACAGUGACGCGACCACGAUUCUUGAAGCUGUCACUGGAGCUGCUCAGGAUAGGGCCUCCAGGCUUGCCACGGAGAACUCCAUUGGGCCCAAACUUGGAUUUAUCUACUGUUCCGGAUCUUGGGUCCAUGGCUCUCCCCGCGAUCAGCGCAUCAGCGACACCUCGGUCCCCAGCACAUUCCUUGCUGCAGACAAGCCCGCUACAGCCGUCGCUUGGCGACCGGCUCACGAGCAGGCCGUGCUGAAGUCUCGGGACAACUUAGAUGUUGCCAUUGUUCGGCCCGGCGCUGUCUACGGACGAGGCUCUUGGGUGAUGACAGCCUGGUGGGGCAAGGUGCUGGAUGCAGCAAAGAGUGGCGACGAAAACACCAUUGAAAUCCCUGCCUACCAAGAGACUCGCACAGGAGUCGUUUGCGUGGACGACCUGGCCGACGGUUUCGUGCGAGUUGUGGACCGUCUUCCCACCUUCGGAUCUUGGCCUGUUUUCGACUUUGUAAGCGAGACGAUUUCGAUUUCGACGAUGAUGGAGGAGGUGAAGCGUGUUAUCGGCGCCAAAGGAGCACUUUCUUACGUUGGUUGUGAUGGCAAUCCCUUCUUCGAGGCUCUAGCGUUGAUUUGCAAUGCGACUUCAGGUCGUGCGAGGGCUGAGCUUGGGUGGAUUCCGAAGCGAACAGAGUUCGUGCGGGACCUGCCGCAACUUGUUGCUGCCUGGGAGGCAUCGCAGUAG